AUGUCAUCAGGUUUCAAAAUCAAUCUCAAGAAGAAGGCUGGUCCCAAAAAAAUUCUCCAAGCAGAAGCUACUGAUGAGUCUAAGAAAUUAAUCGAUUCAUACACGGCAUCCGACACCCAAGAAAAAGAACUUAAAGAAUGGGUGAUUGAGCCAAAGAAAAUUAGUCGGUCAAUAGUGCAACAACAACAACCACGUAAAGAAAAACAACCUCGUGAAGAGCUCAAAUAUGGAGUCACCACUUUUGAAAAGUCUGAGCCAGCACAACAAGGUUCUGUCAUUAGAAAAUUGACGUAUGAAUCAGACUCGGAUUCAGAAGACGACGAUAAAAAGAUUCCAGUUGAGGAAUUUGGCGCAGCUUUCCUACGAGGAUUGGGGUGGAAUGGGAAGAAAGAUGAUACGGACCUGUACGACAAAGAUGUUAAAAAUCGACAGCGAGGAGUUACAUUGGGUAUUGGUGCCAAGCCCAUUGACAACGAUCUAGCUAGAGAGCUACAUAAUAAAGCGGGGGAAGUACCGCUAGUGAAGCGAAGAAAGAAAAGCUAA